CGUGUCAAUUUAUGACUUGCUCAGAUUCAGAAUUUGGAGAACAUGACAAGAAAAAAAAAAAGAAAACAGAGCAAGAAACAGAGCCUUGACCGGCCGAAGAGGAUGUCGGAAAACGGGAAUAGGACAACAACGCCGGAGGAGGAGGAGGUGGUGGUGGAGCCGCUAAGCCCAGCGGCGCGUCUGUUUCACGCGCCGAGGUUCAACUGCUGCAUCCUCGCCGUCAUCGGGUGCAAAACCAAAAUUAAUCCACACGUUGUCAUUGAGGGCUUGAAGCAUACGCUGAUCAAGCAUCCUCGUUUCUCAAGCAAACUGGAAGACGAUGGUGAGAAAAGAGGGAAGAAACCGAGAUGGGUCCGGACCAAUGUCAAUGUGCAAGAUCAUGUAAUCGUACCAGAGAUAGACCUAGAGGGAAUCCAAGACACAGAGCAGUUCACAGAUCAUUACGUGACAAAUCUCACCACGGUCCCUUUAAACACUUCGAAACCCUUAUGGGAGAUUCACAUCCUCAACGUGAAAACAUCCGACGCAGAAUCGAUCGCUGUGAUAAGAUCUCAUCACUCUUUGGGAGAUGGACUGUCACUUAUGUCUCUCGUUCUUGCGUGUACCCGAAAGACUUCAGACCCCGAGGCAUUGCCUACGGUUCCUGUCAUGAAAAGGCACCAGCUUUUUCGUUCGGACAGAAACUUGUUUAUCAGAUCGGUUCUGGCAGUUUGGCUCGUGAUGAGAUUGAUCCUGAACACUGUUGUGGAUGUUCUUCUGUUCUUGGCCACGACCUUGUUCUUGAAAGACACGGAAACACCUCUCAAGGGUGGAGCUGACGUAGGGCUUAACCCGAAAAGAUUCGCUCACCGGAUUGUUCCUCUCGAUGACAUCAAACUGAUAAAGAACGCCAUGAAAAUGACUAUCAACGAUGUUCUACUCGGAGUAACGCAGGCUGCCCUCUCACGGUAUCUAAAUAGGCGAUAUGACAACAAUAACAAGGAGGACGAGAUAACGAGAGGGAAUCGAAACAAUCUCCCACGAAGAAUACGGCUUCGAGCCACCGUCCUCUCUUUGGCGGAUAUGAUGGGGAAGGGAUCGAAGUUCAGGUGGGGAAAUCGCAUAGGCUACGUUAUACUUCCCUUCUCCAUCACCUUAAGAACAAACCCUUUGGAUCAUCUCUCAAAGGCUAAAGCCACCAUAGAUCGAAAAAAGCUAUCUCUUGAAGCUGCUCUCACCUAUUUCAGUGCCAAGCUCGUCCUCAACACCUUAGGAGUCAAGGUUGCAGCGAAGAUAGUGCAUAGAGCUUUGUCAAACACGACAAUGUCGUUCUCGAACAUAGUAGGACCCGUCGAAGAAAUCAGCUUCUACGGCCAUCCCAUUUCUUACUUCGCUCCCAGCGUCUACGGCCAUCCUCAAGCAUUGACCGUACAUUUUCAGAGUUACGCAAACAAGAUGACAAUUUCAACAGCGGUUGAUCCAAAGGCUAUAUCGGAUCCUCGUAAGCUCUGCGACGACUUUGAAGAAUCUCUCAAGGCUAUCAAAGUCGCUGUCUUGGAGAGAGGGUUACUCAAGGACACGAGUUAGAAUAUACAUACACAAACACAAAUAAUUAAUAUAUUAUCCCUCUUAACAAAUAAUUUUAUCAUUUUUUUAUUUAAUAUUGUGACCAUACUUGCAGUUGGGAGGAUGCGAUUUUAAAAGUUAAAUAUACAUCUGU